AUGGGGAUCCAGCUUGCCAGAACCAUUUUCUGCUUUCUGCUGGUGACGGUCAUCAAAGGUCUGUGCAAUUUUAUAUGCGAUCUUGACCGUGUAAUAUUCGCGUCUUCCUCAGCGUGCAUUUAAAAUAAAAAUAUCUAUUUCUGAAACCCGCACUAACGAGUCGAUGUGUGUUUAAUACUUUUUUUCUUACCUUUUUUACCGGGCACUUUUUUGUUCCAAGUAGCAUAAUGCUUGACAAAUAAGAGCUUCUUCUUCUUCUUCUUCUUCUUCUUCUUCUUCUUCUUCUCGAUUUUGGCUUUAGCCGCGCACCUUGUUCACCUUAGCGUGAAGUUGCCCGCUUGCUCGAUAGGCGUGGUCGCGCUGGACACAAAUGCGCGGCUUGAGCGAAAUUUUUACUUUGCAGUUUUUGUGAGCCCCACAGAUGUAUUUGUUUGCGUGCAUAUAUUCUGAAUUAUGACGCCGGUAAAGACAAAUUUAGUAAAUGUCCAGAGGGAAGCUCUUCGUACAUCUGUCUAUUGUUUUUUAAAAACCAGCUUUGCUGAAUGAGAUAACUAUGCAGGGUUAUCACGUAAACCAGGACUCAGGAUUAAGAGCGGCUCUUCUUACCUCUGGUAUUCUCAUAUAAAGUCUUUACUUCAUAGAGUGCGUAACCGAAUACUUCUGGGGCGCACAGUCAGCGGUCUGUACAUUUGAACAUUUCUAUCCUUGUUAAACUACAGUGCUUUCUUUGCUGCCUUCUAAUUUCCUCAGUAAUUAUUUACGAUGUUGAAGUAGAUCAGUUUAUUCAAGGUCUAUAGGCUCAGACCGAGAAUUUCAUGCAUAAAUAUUUGGGCAAAAACCAUCCUCCACAGCAGGUAACCGCGUAAUAUUCAUUAACUGCCCACAGGCAGUUAGCAGUAUACCAUACUAACAGCACAGGUACUAGCCAAAAGCUCAUACACGCGUGUUUCGCCAAUAUUCUGCCACUGCAUGGCACAGCUACGAGGAAGUCGAUUCAUCAGUGCGUCGUCCUAACCGGCGGUUGGUAGUUAAUGAAUAUUACGCAGCUACCCUCUGUGGCUGAUGGACGUCCGACCAAAUAUUGACACAUAAAACUUAGGUUUGAGACCAUAGACCUAAAAAAUAUUGACCAACCCCGAUUUCGCAGCUAAUUUUUGAGGAAACUAAAAAGCUACAAUCUCGUAAUUGGUGUGCCUACCAAAAAAACAGACGGAGAAUGCUGGGGGACCAAGUAACUAGUCGAAUCCCUCGAAGCUGCGUCAGGCAGCCGCAGAAUAACGGCGAAAUACGCGUGUAUGGGCUUUUGGCUAGUAUCUACGCAGUUGGUAUGGUAUCCACUUACUCUAAAUUACUUUCUUUGCCCCUAUGUGAAUUCUAAAUUUCGAGAUUUCUGUUUAACCAGUUUUCAUUGGGUUCAAAACUAAGGAUUCCAACUCCAGUUCUUAUAAUUCUCAUCAUGUGAGGAAAUAAAAAAUUACAUUCAGACUGCAGUGCGCGACCGAACCACGCGCCGUUUAGGGGGCUAUCUGCGUAGUUUGGUUGUGGUGAACGACUCAGAUAAAUAGCAGCCUCCCAGGCCUUGGAUGAUACGGAGCGUCAGCAUAGGGUUCCUUAUCAUUUGCCUAAGACGAAAUAUUUUUGUUUUGAAAAAACCCAGUCCUUGAAGGCUAUUGGUCCUUUAGGAGAGUAUUGAUGACUUUCAUAUUCCAAGGCCUCCAUGCCUCCACAGCGUAAUCCAGUUGUGGCCACACAGACGUUCUUCGUACUUAAAUAAAGCUUUAUUCGCCAAAGCUGGCAACGGCGCGCUCGAUGAAUAACAGCGUCGGCAUCAUGGGACAUGUGACCUUUGCACAGUGUGGCGAUUGGUUCUAAUCCAUCAGCCGAACCCCUUUUCCGCUCCCAUCUCCUAGACUAGUGUAAAAUUGAAGGAUUGUGUCCUGUUGUUCAAAAUCCGAAGUUUUCCUUUCCGAUAGAAGGGGCAUUUGCCACAUCUAAGGCUUGAGGCCACCUUAUCAAACACUGCCUGAGCUGACCUAGACCUGUUGACAAUUAUUCUUUAUCGGUUUUAUUUAAGAGUGCGCUAAACCUAAGCGUCAUCUGCGAACAUAAUAACACACCGGAAGCAUUCAUCGAUGAACAGGACAAAACAAAUAGAGGAAGGACUCUCACUUCCGUUGCUUGGUGACCAACAAAUAUAUUUUCCUCCUACCUUUAGGGGGUUUUCCCUCACACCAACGCGGUGUAGGCUCUGCAGAAGACGCUACUGUGGUUAGAGCGUGCGGAAUCGUUGCCGCAUAUCAGAAAGAUGCCGUCGCUCAAAGAAUUACAUUAAUUCGCAUUUGAAAACUUUUUGCUUUAUCUAUCGGAACUUUAUCUACCCUUUAUUGAUCGGCGGUCAUUUUGGCCAUUUUGCGUUACAAUCAACUUAAAGAACUUAGGCAGGAAACUAAAAAGUUACAAUUUCUAAAUUGGUGUGCCUACCAAAAACAGACGGAGCCUUAGUCGUCUUCCUUGUAUCCGCCUUUAACGUAGGAGUCUGGCCCAAAUAAUCACCUUAAGACAAUCAGAACCGCAACCCCACCAAAGUAAUUCCUUCUGACCGAAAACGCAUUUCAGAAUUUCGGUUAACACUUCAUGAGACCGGCUACUGACUGUAGUUGUUCCUGAAAUUAAUGCUCCUGUCGACGUGAUAGUUUUACCAUAGCUCUUGCUCGUAGUCUACUUUCCUCGGAAGCCUCGUCUUUAGACGUUAAAACCAGCUGAUUAUCUUUGUUUUCGAGUUGGAACAGCUUUUGUUGAUAGUCUCGUGAAGGAAAGCUGAAAAUUCCAGUCAGUCGUCGACUACACAUGCGGAGAAUCUGGACGUUCAGUAUUUUGUAAUUAUUUACGUACUAACAACACAGGUAUUAGCUAAACGCCAGCAAGUACGGUAAAUAAUUGCUCAAUUCCAUACUACUGGCUGCCUGUUGGCGGUUUGGGAAUACUACGCGCUUAUUUCGCAGCAGCUCGAAAAUUCAUAUCAGAUUUCGGACCUUGCCUGCAAUGCUCUGUUCCGAAAGAUUUACUCCGGGUUCGCUCGCUAAAUUCCUCGGAAAUUUAACACGGCAAGUAGACAUUCAGUUCUUCGUUUUUUCUGACCCUGGUGGUGCGGUCAGAUACGGAGGAAAGUGAAUACUCUCACUAUAGGGUUACGAAACUACUUAUGCCGUGAAACGGCUGCCGUGCGCUUCUGUCACAAAAGAUCCAAACAGUCGUCACGGAGUUGACGAUAGGACGUCUUGGAAGGGAGAUGGGUUUUUGUUUCGUGCGAGAAGGUGGGCUAACUCAUGAAAAGUCUCACAAUCAGGAACUUUUUAAAAUCAAAUUAUGUCCGUCCUUUAAGUAUAAAAUUGAAAGAAGACGUAUUUGUCUAUCGAACGAACAAAAGAAUCAAUGUGUUUAUGCAUGUUUUCCAUGAAAUAGGAUUGCACUUUUAGGGAUAUCGAAAAUCAAUGAGGAAAGUGCAUGCUGCUUGGGUGGUCAUUUUUUACAGAGUGUAGUUCCCAGAUGCAGUCGAAAGGAAGAGUAUUUGAAAGCCAGCAGCCUGAGGUAACUGAAUUAUUAUUUAAUAAUACCGCAGACCGAUUAGUUUUACAAGCCUACUAAAUUAUUAUUUUGAAAACGAAAACGCAUUUUGGAAUUUCGGUUGACAUUUCAUGAGUUAGCCCACCUACUGUAAGUAGCAUGCAUUUUUCUCAUUUAUUUUCGAUGCAUCUAAAAAUUCAGUAGUUUUGCAUGGGAAGCAUGCAUAAAAAAAUAUUCAUUCCUUUGUAUUUCGGUAGAAAAUUGCGUCUUCUUCCAAUUUUUUGCUCAAAAAAUUCUAUAAAUCGGUUUAUAAAAACUUUUUCAAUUCCCGAAUAAUUUUGAACCCGACUCGGCGUUACACUUGCAUGCAGGGUUUCCAAACUACAAACCGUAUAUUUUUUGCGUACAAAAAAUCAUACAUUUCUCUAGAGUAUUAAGAGGAGACUGUGCUAGGUUCCCAAAAUUAAGCAGCGGAUUUGGUCCCGAUUAUAAACUUUCCAAACGGCCUUAGUAAAUGUAAAGACACAAUAUUUUAUGAACGGGCAUUUCACGGCAUUAAAAAAUCUCACAAUUAAAAACUUUUUCAAACCCGACUUUUAACUUUUGUUCUAGCAUAUAAUUGGUCUAAGACGUAAUCUUCUACCGAUUGAGCAAAAAAUGAAUAUUCUUACGCAUGUUUCCCAUGAAAUACAAUUGCAUUUUAGGACAUUGAAAAUCAAUGAGAAAAAUGCAUGCUUCUUAUGGUGUCAUUUUUUAAAAUCCAUGGUUGCUACAUGCAGCCGAAAAGAAGUUCGUUCGAAAGCUGACAUCCUGGGAAAACUGAAUGAUUAUUGAAUUAUAUUGCAGACCAAUUAGUUUUACAACCAUACUCAAUUAAUCUUUCGAAAACGAAGACACAUUUCGUAAUUUCGGUUUACAUUUAAUGAGUUUGCCCACUUACUGUAAGUUUACUUCUAUGUCUUGCGCAGUAAUCAGAUUUCAGAGCGAUAAAGGAACUCAUGAUCAGGACGCUAAAUCGGUUAUUUGACUACAGGAGCACCUGCUGAUUUUAGUUUAUUUUGGCUUGCAGUUAGUCUUUUUUCUUCCUGAGGUUUUCCGGCUGAACACCGAUUGCUGCCGCACAAUCAAAAUGCCGCGAAAAUUGUUUAUAAAAGUACUUUUACUCACGCACAUGUAAAACAAGUUUUAAUUUGGCAAAUCAAAGCUGUGGAGAUUGAGCCUGGCUUUCCAACUGACUGUGGGCUACCGACUGUCCAACGCGAGGACAAAGAGGAGGCCGAGGGUAUGAAGGUCCGCGCAACACCUCACAGCUGGCCCUGGCAUGUAAGCAAAUGUUUAAUGUGCCCUUAAUACGGCAAUGGUAAGGGGUUGCAAAAAAAUUGUGCAACAUAAACAAACCCCUAAUCCUCCUUCCACAGCUCCAUAACAGAAGUAAUGAUGCAUCAUACAAUAAUUCUGGCGAUUUGAAGGCCAAUAUUACCUUUUGGACCCUUCAACGAAACUAAAGCUUAAUUUGUACCAUUUCAAACGAAAGCUUUUUCCCUGAAAUUAAACAGAAGACGUUGAGAAGUUUUAUUACAUCACCACCAAUUGGAAAUGCAAACAAGUAGAUGAUUGUACAAAUAAACACCAGUCAGACCACGCUGUUUCAUUACUUUAAACCAGUUAAAAAUGCAAAUCUCGUAGAAGUGCCACGUAUUUUGGCUCGCCUCUUCGAAUAAGUGCAUGGUUAUACACGCAGAUUUCUGUCGGCCCACUCUGUGCAUUUAACAGACAUUUAAAUUUUCAGCACAGGAUAAGCGGCUCUUAUCUAGAUUUGGAGGCGACUUAGUAUACAUAACGACAGCUUGACGAAACAGCCUACACUAUUCUGCGUACUGACAGACCUGUAGCGGCUAAGCGGUGAUGGUGUACGCUCAGUACGCCACAACUUCAGGCCAUAUCCCAAGUUGUUAGAAGCAGGACGCCAUUUGGUAAGGACACUUUAUCCUGUACAAAAUAGUGAAGGGGAAGUUGGCAACCGGACGAGGAUGCAUCCGGCGCCGCGGAGGCGGCGUCCGCGAGAGCGACGAGCCCAGUGUCGCCGAAGGUCGCCGCUGCAGAUUUUUUACGCUAGUGGUCUGGCUGUGUCCGCCAUUGUACCAAUCAGCAAGAUGAUUUGUGUUGAUUGGCUCAGAGCCCACGCGAAGGUACUGACACGCCUCGCAUGGUGCAGGCAGAAAAUCGACCAGGUGCGUGGUGCAUACAGUGAAUUGCAACGAGACAAAUCGAAGCCGGGCAGACGUGCGUGCCAUAGCAGGCUGUCGCUGGGACGUAAGUGCAGGCGCUAGCGAGAGGCGCGACGUAGCCAUUAUGGCUGUCCACUACAGAUCCAUUGUUUGGCCAAUAAUGGAGAUCAUAAAUUUGAAUCAAAAAUGAAUCAUUGCGCCUCAAAACUGGCGACACAUGUGGCCGGCAGGAAACGGGUAUAGAUUAAAAAACCGGACAAGGUUCGGAUACGUUGCCCCGAUCCCAAGAUUACGUGCAUGAUGGACAUUCAAAGUAAUGAAAGCCAAGGGAGAAGUUUAAAUCGUUAGUACGGAAAGUAUCCGAGGCGGAAAUGGAAAGGCAACCUGCUGUAUGACAAAUUUGCCUCGAGAUUGAUGGAAGCCUAGAAUUCCGGCAUUAGACCUGGCUGACAGGACACGCGGAGCGGCAUUACCGCAAACCUAACGAUAACCUCAAAAGCAAACGUAAUCAUUAACGAAAUUAUAAACCUAACACAAGCCCUUAAAUAAACACUUAACCAGACUCUAAGGCUAGCACAAACCCUAGACUUAAAUCUAAGCCUAACCCCUAUACUUACUUAGAUCCUGACCCUAACUCAAACCCUAACCCUAACCACAACCCUAACCCUAACCCCAACCUUGAAACUAAACGUAAACCUAAACCGACAUUCAAACCCUAGCUCUAAUUAGAACCCUUAAACUUAACAGAAACUCUAAGCCUAGACUCAAUUCUUAGCCUGACACUAACUCAAACCCUAAAACUAACCAUGCUUCUAAACCGAAACUUCAGUUUAACAUUUUCCGUUGUAGCUUCGGGUACCUUUCCACUAACGAUUAGAGCAUUUUCCUUCAGCUAACUUUACUUUCACUGCCCACGUUGCACCAGGACAGGGUGAUCGAUCCCUAUCAAAAACUGGAACAAGGAAAAAUGACCCCAUAAAUAAGAACGAGGCGAAUGGUCUCAAUGUGCACAAAUCGUGAGGAGUUUGCGGCCGAAGUAGAGACUUCUGUAAAUUAUUUGCAAAAUCAGCGGAGUGUAUUAUUUGUCUGCUGGAUAGCAGUACGCAGUCGUAAGUUUUUAAAAAAUAAUCCAAUCUGAAUCUUACAGUUCGGUUGUGGAAAUCACAGCAAGAAUAAUUUUAGUGCAAUUUUUACAGUAAACGUAGAUAGGUUUUUGAGUGCACAACACCGUUUUCUUUCCUCCAAAGGUGGGAUUAUGGUCAGAGCGCAGGGGAGAACAUCCGUACUGUGGAGGAACCCUCAUCAGUCGUUCCCUCGUUGUGACUUCGGCACAUUGCGUUGGCUCCCUCGUUGGCUGCCCUGAUUCGGCAUUCGGAAAAGUAGUGCAGAUUGCAGAUCAGCCAGAGGAUCGGCUUCAUGUGCUGGUUGGUGCUCACGAUUAUACUCAAGCAGAUGCCUCUUGGCAGUUGCGUCUUGUGGUGUAUGCAGUCGUCCACCCGAACUACGACGACGGCGCGGGAGAAAAUGGCUACGACAUCGCGUUAUUAAAGCUUCGCGAGCCCAUACCUCAAGGUAGGUUGAUAGACUCCUACUUAUCAUCAUCAUCAUCAUCAUCAUCAUCAUCAUCAUCAUCAUCAUCAUCAUCAUCAUCAUCAUCAUCAUCAUCAUCAUCAUCAUCAUCAUCAUCAUCAUCAUCAUCAUCAUCAUCAUCAUCAUCCUCAUCCUCCUCCUCCUCCUCCUCCUCCUCCUCCUCCUCCUCAUCAUCAUCAUCAUCAUCAUCAUCAUCAUCGUAGUCGUCGUCGUCGUCGUCGUCGUCGUCGUCACCACCACCACCACCACCAUCACCACCACCACCACCACCACCACCACCACCACCAUCGAACAAAGGGGCUAGUGUACAGAACAGUCGGAGUCGCAUAAUCGUCGACUCCAUGAACCCCAACUGUGCGUAUUACGAUCUCUAAGCCAGCGUCCUUUUUUAUACCUUUAAUCUGCUUAGCGAUCGAAAUGCUACAGACGUCUUGAGAAACAGUGCGUUAAUAAUAAGUAGAAACGAUCGAUGAAACAAGAGCUCUAUUCGCCUGACGUUUCGGAUUCAAGCUGAAACCUAUCACCAGAGUCAGUAACAGAUACGACAAAAUCGUACUGGUCCCAAGUCUUCGGGAGCAAUCCCGUACAUCGAGAAUGUCUUCAGGGCCGCCAGUCGCCUUCUCGCGCCGUUGGUCGUUGGAGUUGUACACAGACUGGAGGCCACCAUAAGGCGUCAGGCGAUGAGAUCAAAAGAUCUUCUGCCACGGCAAGAAACGUCCGGGGUCCUUUACCGGAUCUGAUGCAGUUGCGGGCAAAAUGGAUAAAAUGAAACACUGCUCCGGACGCAAAUGGCCGAAUACGAAGUAGCAGAGCGGAGAAAUGACGCGGCCCGUUGGACGACACACGGCCGCACAUUCAUGUUUUAUGGGGCCAACAUUCUCGCGAGAGCAGAUAAUUGCUGCGUGAGCAGCGAAUUACUUGAGUUAUGGUUAAUGGGACAUAAGUCUAUCACCAAGAGCAGUGAUAUCCUCGUUCCAUGUUCGAUGCUGAGGUAUAGUCUGGGCAAUGUAAUUAACCCCUCGUAGAGCGUACAGGCCGGUGGGCCAGGUGGACGAGCAAGCAUAACGCCAGCAGCCAACACGGGUAAUGAAAUUUCAGCAGUUAACAUCUUGCAUGCCCGUCCACCAAGUAAUUGGCGCACCAGCGGGGAACAAUUUUCGAUGAAGGGGAAAGCGGUUAAUUAUCGUAGGUAUGUGGUGGCAUAGCGACUGCAUCCCAUAAAUACUGAAACCUCCUGUGUACGAAUCACUCGUUUCUGUUACAGCCUCUAUUGAUGGGUGCAAGCGAUAAUCUGAAAGGUCAGGCGAAUAAAGCUCUUGUUCCAGCGAUUGCAUGUACUUCCUAUCAACUACUUCCUGGAACUCGCAUCUUCGAUUGAAUCGACAAUGGCUGCGUUACAGUUUCAUUAACUGCUGAUCACUGUGCCUUAUGAAUCCCAUCCAUAACAAUGCCGUGCACUUAAUCGAUUAUUGAUGAGUUUGUGCAUAUUACCGCAGGUUAUUGAGCGUUCAGGCGUGCUUGCCUAUUGUCAUGUUAGACAGAACGCAUUUCACUAAACAACUUCCCAUUUUCUUCCAUGCUUUCUACCUGAUGUCUCCAAGAUGAGCGAGUGCAGCCAAUUUGCUUUCCGUCCAAAAACGUUGUGCUGCCGCGAGGUUCCAUUGGCUACUUCACCGGUUGGGGAGGACUGUAUACGGAGUGGUCAAGGGACAAGCUGGUUCUUCCAAAAACUCUUAGAGAAGCCCAGGUCCUUAUGGAAUUUGUUGAAAGCUGUAACCAAUUCUUUGGCUUUUCUCUACCCGAAAGCAAUGGAUGCAUAGAAGUAAAGGACAGGGUAAGUCAUUACAGCUCAAAAGCAAAUAAAUUCGUGAAUAUUUUGUUCAUAAACUGGCAUAUGCUACUUAUUGAAAUAAGUAGUAAACAAUAAAUCCCCAGUUAACUCACGUCGCAUUACUAAUGGUAGCUGUUCAAAUGUCUGCGAGUACUUGAGGUUUAUCAGCAAGCCACAAAGAAACGAGCCGUUACGCAGUCUGUUAUGCAAAUGGCCCCUCAAGGACAAUUUAUACGUGUCUGUUGUUAAUCCUCUUCAAAAGAAGGCGGGGGAGAGAAAUAGGCGACUCCAUGGACCACACUGCAUUUGUUUUGACGUUUCGCAAACUUCAUCGUGUCCAUCAUCAGAGUGGUAAGGUAUGUGUUCCUGCUAACUUGGAGUUGUUCUAUCUUGCCCUCAGUCUCGUAGUAUAAACAUAACUGACGCAGGUAUCGGCGUUGAUCUGUCCGUGGCCGACUGCCGGCGCGUUCGUGUGACCUCUUUCCCCUUCCCGACCGUCGUUGUCGCUGCAAGGUCGGUGUGCCCGUGGGCCCUCCCCUCGUAACCUGAUGGGCUGAUCAGCUCCCUUCGCAUGUGCGAAUCGCGUUCACCUGCUUGGACGCGUCGGUGGGUGGAUGUCUCGCGUCGGUCGCUCUAUCCCCCUGCCGUGAAGGUGAAAACCAUUGAAGGAGGCGCGAUUUGUUCGCCAGGAAGCGUCAUCGGCAAGCAUCACUGGCUGAACUAAUGACGAGAUGGUCAGACUGGUGCUCAAACGUUGGUCCUCAUUUGGCACAAUCAGCAGGGCUAUUGAUCUUCAUCUGGCCUACCAGACGCUACUUACAAGGCCCCAGUCAAUCCAUACGGAGUCGACAGCACUGGCGAUCGAGUUGAGACUCCUCCAACAGUUGUCACCUUCAGAGCAGGGGAUAGAGCCGGCCGUAGGUCACAAGACCGACGCAUCCAAACAGAUGAACGCGAUUCGCACAUACGGCGGGAGCUGAUCAGCCCAUCGGGUUAUAAGGGAGGGGGGGGGGGACACCGGUAAACGGAUCUUGCAGCGACGACGGUCGGGCAGGGAACAGAGGUCACACAUGCAUACGAUCGGUCGGCAGCAGACACGUUAGAUCGAUCGUCGUUGUCGACGGCAAGGCGACAGCAGGGACGAUGACUUGCGUGUGAAUUAGUUUAUAGUGAAUGUAGACUCGCGCGGCAUCGGUCACACCCUCUCCUACUCCAACCUGAACCCGCUGUCAAGACAGGGCCAAGAAGACCGGAUUCAGGGGAGGGAGCAGGUGGAUGGCGCGGUCGAGGCCACACCCCCUGGUCCAGUCAGCAAAUGACCAGGACUCUAAACAUCAACAUAAAUUGACCAGGAUUUUAACUAACAACAACAAUGGGGGACGUCAGAGGGCAACUUGUUCUGCCAUCGCACCCCUGAAGUGUAGGCAUUAGUUACCGUGCGCAUUCCCAUAACACCUGCCAGAGUCCAAUAUGGCUCCCGGAUUGGCCCAGCGCAUCAGCCAACUUGCCCGUUUGGUGAACACGACUAUGGACAGAUCAACGCCAAUUUCCAACCAGAAGACAGGCCAUAGUUCGCGCGCGGCGAGGCAAAACCACUCCGGGCUGGCAGGAAGAGACACCCCACCAAUCGGAUGAUGGGAACGAGGAUUUUUCCCAAACGUUAGCACGUACACAUUGUGGUCCAUGGAGUCGCCCCAUUUUCUUCCUCAUCCUCUUUUAGGGUUGAUGAGCAGGACAGUUUAUUCGGACCUCAAAUCUGCAGUUACGCAGAUACCUGUCUACAUACAGUUAGUAAAUUGGGAGCGCAAUCUGACUAUACCGUAUAAUCAAUAAACACUUCUUGUAUGAGAGCAGACACAAGUACAAGUAAUGUGAAAUUACUGACUGACUACUGUGACCUCUGAUGAUGGGUUCGCGAGAGAGUCCGAAACGUCAGGCGAAUAUAUGUCUAAUUCCAGUGGUCGCGUCUUCAUCUUCCGGACCGUUUCAGCCUGGAUGCAGAGGCGUUUGGUGUUUAAGUUUCAAAUCGUCUUCUCUUCGAAAAAACCGACACGGUAUUUCACAGCUGCAUUCUGACUGCAACUUUCCAGUUUAAUUUGCACAUUUUAAGUGACCCUUCUCUGUGUUUUAGAACCCCUGUGACGGAGACAGCGGCGGUGGACUCUUCUGCCCUUCAGAAGACACCGACAACAGAUGGUCUCUGUGUGGAAUUAUAGAUGGUGGAACAGAAGACUGUAAGGGAGAAUAUGCAGUUAUCGUGAAAAUUGCUAUGGUCCACACAUGGAUGAGAAAUACUGCGUUUAUGCUUGGUCUAUAAUAUGCCACUGAGCAAUUGUUGUUCGGAUGCGAAUGACAAUAAAGUAUUCUGGGAAACCAUGCUGACUGUCUAGCUUCGAAAUACUGAGCAUUUCCACUCAAUUGAUGUAGCAUGUAAACCAGAAAUAAGGAUUUAGAUCAUACGGAGUUGCUUCGAUGUCAUUCCACGAGGGUUCCGGUCGGUGACAUUGCCAAACAUGCGUUAAUAGGAUGCAAUGCCUUUCAGGAGAUCGGCUUUACUCAUUAUUACUGAGAGAUUGCUAACAAAUACUGGAUUCACAAAAUUAUUUUCUAGGAUCCGAUCCUUAUUCGUUAACUAUUGUGUUUGACUUGAGGUAGGGAUAGUUGCUUACAGAGACAAAUUUAUUGGUUCAUGAACUGUCGUCAAAUCCGAGGUAAAGAGGGUAAAGAUCUGGCGAAGGCCCCUAAGAACCUACGGUUUCGAAAACGUGACUACUUUACGUGUUUAAGUAGAUCGUGUUUUAUUCAGUACUCUCCUAAACAGUUAGACUGUCAAUGUCUGAAAGCAUUGACAUGCAUUUUGCCCGAUGCUGUUUGGCAGUAUCGCAAAAGUGUGAAACCCUCAGUCAUUAAUUCAUGCUUCAGGCAUGCUUUGAGCUGUGUGGUGGCAAUCAUUUUUAGCAUAACAACCAUGCAGUAGGUGCUUAAUCUUUUGUCCAGAACGGCCGUAAUUUUCUUCAGCGGUGGUGACUCAAGACUAGUAGCCUCACGAGCGGACACUCGGAAUGUUUCGUCUCUAAGGAACUUUGUCGAAUUUCCUCAGUAGCCUAGAGAGUUUCAGGCGCAUCGUUCUUAAGCAGACAGAAUGGUUAUGUCUGCAAGGGUUUCAACACAAUUUGUUUCUUCUUUGCAGGUACGAUUUUGGAAUCGCGCAAAAAUAUUUUAUCAGGGAAAAUGAUCGAAAACAGAAAACGACCAGUUCUGCGUUUAGUGUUUUAUUUUGAGGGAGGGAUAGGCGUACGUUAGUUAAAUAUGUCGCCUGAUUUUUUUGGAGGUCGAGAACUGGAAAGGGUCUCCCUGGAAUUGUGGGAAGCAACACAGAAGGUAAGUUAGUAAGUUUUCGUCUCCUCAAGGGAAAGGAUUACUUUCAAUCAGUUAUCAUGUAACAGUAGACCAGUGUGUACAAAGGCUGAGGUGCGUGCGCCGAUUUUAGUAAUUAUUAUGCUAAUCAACGAUGACUUGGAUCUUUAUGAUACAACUGUACCAUAGGAACAUGAAUAUUACUUAUCCGACGUUGUCGAUGCCCACGAAACCAUCAAUCACAUACUUAUCAGAAUUACCAGGUCUGCAUUCAUCACGAAUUCUCGUAACUGUUUACUUGAGUCGUUAAUCGCUGCAAAACACUAUCUCAUCAUGCAAUCCCAUUGUUAUCGCUAAGUGUAAGAGCCUGGUAUAGUCGUUGCUCGUGGUAUUACCGAGCCACGGGUUCGUGGCCCAGUGGUUAGACGCAUGGACUUCUAAAUAACAGGUGGCGAGUUCGUGUCUCGGGUGUUCCACACUUCGGAAUUGCGGAUGACUGGCUGACGACGGCUAAUAAGCCAGAAAUGGCCAUUCCAGUCUCCCUUGUCUUAGUCGGUAAUAUAAUUAUGUCUAAACGUACGAAAACGACCAGUAACUAUCAAGCUAAGAAUCCGCAGGAAUAAAUAAAUUUUGGCAAUUAACAACUCGAGUGUGAACAAACAAGCCAUAAUCGCACGAAAUACGAUCCCCAACAAUCAAUGCGAGAACUGUUAAUUAUAGUAAGUCCACGUUUCUAACCACACUGCCUAUAUCAUGCGCCGGUGUGCGGCUGCUAAUUGGGCUCGAUAGAGAGCACGUAAGGCACAACGGAAGGCGUGAGUUCCGUAUGAACGAUCGGUGAGCGUCCCCUACCAUUCCAUGGCUCAUUUGAAUGCUGUUGACAAUGUUGCCAACGGAAAGUGCUGUGCCUGGAUUUGUUUUAUAACAGAGCUUCGGGGACGCUUGUGUGUCCAGCUAAAGUUUGUAAACAUACGGUUGUCGCAAGGUGUGGCAAGUAAGGUGACAAUCUGGCAGACGUAGAGUACCUUUGGCGACUGAGAACCAUCAUCGCAUUCAACCACCUGCGCAAGUUCACUACUUUUUUCUAACAAUGAAAACUACGCCCUGGUGUUUGAUAGUACAGUCAUUGACCGAGCAUAUUAAAUUUUGGCCGAAAUUUUGGAAUUCGUUUUAGAUUAGAAAAGAUUACUUAGGAGGGCGUUUUUAAUAUACAUUAGCAUGCGGCAUGACCCCAUGAUAAUUCAGAUUGCACAGGAUGUUGACCUCAGAAUGCGUUUCUGUUCGACUUCCGUUAAAAUCCGCAUUCGGUAAAAAACGUUUAAUUAAUUAGGACCAAUUUCCCACAUCGAUCUUUCAUGUCCUUGUUAAAUAAAUCAUACAUGAAAGAAAACACACACAAAGUAUGCUUUUUUGAUCAUCCGGUAGCAAAUCAUGUCGCACUUUUUACUCGAAGAAAGUGUAUAUUAAGGUUUUAAAAGGGUUUCCCAUUCCCCGAAUAAUUUUGGGUCUGAUCAGCCGUUGAAUUACCGUCUAGCGACAUCGGUCCACAAUGCACACAAUUCCCGCAUAUGAAGUAUACCGUUUAAAAGGUACUCUGCCGAAUUUAUAAAAUUUUGCAUUGAAUGCUGAUUAUAUUGUACACUUCAUGAGGGGCAUAAAUAAACGCACACUUGUGAUGUUGCACUAAUGGAAAUUGCGGGUUCCUAAAAAACCUUAUCAUUAGAAACAUCUUAAAAGCAAAAGGUACCGUAGCUUCGAGUGUACACUGUAAUGACGAUGUACGUUGCUAUCAAAUGAGCAGAUAAAGGUGCAUUUUUGCGAGUUGUUUAUAAUAUUUAAUUUAAUUUAUAAGGACAUAAAAAGCAGAGUGAAAAAUGCAUGUUAAAAAGUAGUCACUUUUCACCGGGCGCGGUGUUUACAGGGAAUCGUAAAAAGCGCAUUUAGAAACCGCAUAUACUUAACCCAUACCGUAAAUCCUUCAUUAUUCCUGUGCCCAAUACCUAUGGUCCAGGGCUUGGACAGGUAUUUAACUGGCAAAAGAACGGGAUCUUGGUAGACCCUUUCUGUUUCUUAGUAAGCCAACUACGAAUACUCUUGUACAUGAAUGGGUCGCAGCGUUUUAAUUUUUCAGGUUUAUCUGACGGAUUCUGCAAAGCCCGUUAAAGCACACCUGCCAGAUUUAUUCUGCUUUUGACCCCUUAACUAUCGCUCCAUACUACCCUGGUUUUGUAUAAACGCAUACGGCGUAAUACUGUCCAAACUAGUGCAGUCUUACUUGCCAGUUUCGAGAGAUCUUGAUUAGAGUAUAAAUCAGCAUAUGAUAUACCAUCGUGUACAUUGGCACCUGUUUACAUGUAACCCGAGAAUUUAUAACAGUAUUAUUUUUGAAGCCGUUGCUCACAUUUGUAGCUGUUAGCAAGCGUGUUCCGUGUGAUUAAACGCAUAUUAUUGCUCAAGUACUCAUUUUGACGCAUUUCGUAAACACUUUAGUGCGCGGUUUUAGCAAAGUUGGCCAAACUUGGAAAGUGCGGUUUGAAUUACCUACAGAUACAGUUAGGAUGUGUGUUCAGAUGAAUUACGCGUAGGAGAUGUGUUAAGUGAUAAAAUGUUAAAUAAAAUUCCGAAAUGCGUUUCUGAUCGAAAAAGAUUAUUUAAAUAGGGUUUUUAUAUUAAUUAACCUGCGGCAAAAUUCCAAGAUAUCUCACUCUCAUCGGAAAGUUAGCUGUUGAGCGAAUUGCUUUCCGUCCGUCAGCAACAACCAACUCUGUAAUAAACGGCUACUUAUAAAUUUCUCUCAAUGAAAAAAACGCGCAUAAAAUAUCAUUUAUGCUGGUCUGGUAGAAAAGUGGACCUUUUUCAAAUUUAAUGCCCGAAGAAAGUGUACAUUUCGGCCUUAAAAGCUUUUUCGAUUUCCAAUCAAUACUGUGCAAGAGAUCAUGUAUAAAUACUGUGAUUUUUACGGGCAGGUGGAAAGAAUUUCGACCACAAGAUGGGAUUUUCAAGCAACUGAAUUUCAUGAGAGUAUACUACAUGGUCAUUAAUCUCACAGCUCUACCGAAAUGAUAGUUUCCAGUCGAAACAUCGUUUCGGAAUUUCGAUUAAUAUUUCAUAAGUUAGCACAUCUACCGUCCGUAAACCCUCCGCACAAACAUCUUAGCUGUAUCCAAUUUUAACGUAAUUCAAACUGUACUUUUCCGUCUAGGAAAAGUGCGAACUGUAGCCGAUCAGCCUAGGUUUCAUGAGCAAAUAUUAGCCACAGAAUCCAAAGUUGGCACUGCUAGAACUCGCGGCACGGUUGUUUAUUAAGGCAUGUGUACUGUCUGUCGCAGGCGUUUCCAUUGUAAAACAAGGCGACAUAAGUGGAAGCGUUGCCCAGCACACAUAAAUCAAAGUUGGAGAUUAGGGUUGGGUAUAUGGUGUGGUUUAGGACUAGGAUUAGGAUUAUAGGCGGGGUUAGGAUUAGUGCUAGGUUAUGGAUCAGGGCGCGGGAAUAGUUGCCCUGUCUGCAAUCUGGCGAAAGUUCACCUGUCGUACGGUGUGAGGGUCCCACCUCCGUGUAUUGUCUCCAGUUCUAAUAGAGGUAGUGCGUGAACUGUUAUUAACAGGCGUUUUUGAUCGAUUGAAUUGGUUACUCGACCAGUCGCGAAAAUCUCGGCGGGGUUUGGACCCAAGACUGAAGGGCAGGGUUUGAGUACGGCAAACGCUACUUGUUGCCAAGCUGGCAUACAGAAGUGAGUUUGCCCCUAAAUCAAACAGUUGGCUCUGCUAGGCUGUUUAUUUGGUAAGGGUUUUUCUGUCCCAAUGUAAAGUGUCAUGUGGACACUGCCAGAACAGAUUCUAACACUAGCAACGAGGCACACUCUGGUCGAGAAUCUUGAGUGAUGGUAACAAAGAAGAGUAACUGUUGGUUAGUCGGCCACGUUUUGAAGAACCGGAAUUGGGAUAGGUCAGUAGAUCUGGUGCUAUCGUGUCCAAUUCACACCUCGGAAGUUCUUGAAAAACUGGGCGCCAAAGUUUAUCUGUGUGCGCUUCUAUCCUAAGCGCCCAUUCUUCAACCUGUCGAACGGCGCUGAUUGGAUGCAAAGGUUGCAAAGUUCCAACUAUCUGCCAGAUCGGCACCUCCUGUGCUUUGGUCUUUGCGUAUUCUAGACUCAGCUUUUGCAUUGUAUCCACCCAGGUGUAAUUAUAAGGCGAUAAUGGUUUCCGCAUUUGAGGCUGCAUAAUUCCUGCAUUAGGAAUGCCUGUUCUAAAAGUGCCGUACCGAACAUUUCUCUAAAUGCUGAAGGAUACGUUGUGGGGCCGUGUUUGUAAAUAUAUAUUAUAAAAGCUAAUAUGCAUAUUCUUUUGCAUCAGUAUUCGCCAAAUGCUUCAAUAAUAAAAACGUAUUCAGUUGACAGAAAAUACGCACUUCACAAAUAAGUAAUACGUCAAUACUUUCGAAAACUAUCAUACAUUUAUUAAAAUGAAGGGUGUUACUGCAAAUUGGAUAGUAUAACUUAUGUUUUGUAACUGGUUUUUCGGACGCGUAGAGAACCCUAGCUAAUUGAGAGAUGUCGCAUCAGCAUCACAGUCGCUUACUAACUGUACAUUCCAGGAAAUCCUAUAAAAAAAGAUGAGGAGAGUUGUAUCAUUUGUGCUGACGCACGCCUUUUUUGAUAAUCUUCCUUCAUCCUGAGGAGCCAAUCGCCAGCAACUUUUUCCAAAAAGCGCCGACAGCAUUGACCUUAUGUACAAGUUCACGUUUACUUUGUCAAAUGAACCUUCGGAAUGCAAAUAUGCAGAACUUCAGGAAUCGAAACAUGAAAGAUCGCUGCGUAACCAGAAUUCAAUAGCAAGUAGUCGAGGAUCACUUGCUCAAGGAACUUUCCUCGUCUUCAUUAUUAAGUGCAUGCAUAUAAUCCAUGGAGUUGAGAACAGGCAGAUUUUAGAUAAUUCACAUUGACCCAACAGUGAAAAACUCGGCGCCUCGGUGGGAUUCGAACCCACACAGUAAGAGAAGGGGUUUAGUACAGCCAACGCUCUAACCACGUGCGCUACGAGGCGCCGAGUUUUUUACACUUCGGUCAAUGUGAAUUAUUCGAAAUCUGCCAAAACAUCGUUGAAUUAAGUGAGCCUGAAAGUCACCUGUUGGAUUCUAGGUGAAUUAAUUAGAAAAUCCUGUUUGGGCAGUCAACUUACCGUAUCAGAUUUAAUGGAUUCCAGACGUUGCUGUAGGUUGGGCGGGUACCGUGACCCAAAUGUGAUUAAACUCGCGUCGUCUGGUAUGGCUUCGUAGCUCAAGCGGUUAGAGCGUUGGCCGAACUAAAGCCUUCCGCUUACUGCAUGGAUUCAAAUGCCAUUGAGGCGCUCGUUUUUUACAGUUGCGUCAAUAGAAAUCCUGGUUAAAUUGAUGGAUAAACAUGGGCGUAUUAUCCCCUUUCAGAAGGCUUAAAUAUGUAGCCACACUAAGACUGUGCUUGCGACUGAAUUUGCCUUCCGUGAAUAUUUAGAAGUCGUAAAAGUGAAAACCUGGUUGGCGCUUUUGCAUGGAAGCACCUGCUAGUAACUUCUUUUAACUUUGUCUAACAAGAACGCUUGGUAAUAAGGCUGUUGAAUAUAUAGCGAAGGAAAACGAACAUUUAUCCUCGCUGCGUCUGAUAUGACAAAGUGGAAAAUAUAUAGACCGAUUGCUCCAAAAUACCGCUGAGAGACAAUCUUUUAAAUUGCAUAUAUGUAACAGGCAGUUCUUAGAGUUAAGUGUAAAUGCCUGGCAAGUACAAGAGGAGUUAAUUCAGAUGCAUUACUUACGAACGUCUUAUAAAAUAUCAAAGUGAGAUUGGAUUUGUUAAAACGUGAUAUAACGUCGUCAGCUUUCUUUACUAACGGACUGCAGAGUCUUUAGAGGUGUGUUAUCACAUACACUCGGGUUGUGCAACGGAAACCAAAAGCUAGUAUGAUGUUGACUUCUCCGAAUUUCGAUGAUAAAUAGUGCGAAUGUGACGAAAUACCUUCAGUGCAUCAACACUUCAUAUAAUGCAUAAGCCAGCCUAUUUUCCUUUCCGAAUUGUUUUAUGCGAGUGAUUAGCUGGAAAAAAGUCUGCGUAAUUAUCGAGCCUCUUUUAAAAAUCAGCCGAAAUAUAACAUAUGUUCUAGUUUAACUAUCCAGAUUAGACUUUUAAUGUCUUCCAAAACAUAUGCUAUUGCAGUAUGUCGUCUUUGAGCAGUUGUAUGUAGGCCACAGCCAAUAUUAUGGCAGAAACAACACCAUAUUCAAACCAUAUGUGUUGUUGUACCCAAAGGCCUGUCCUUUGAUGAAACCUAGUGUAGAAAAUAGGGACCAGUUUGUGUGUAACGCUCGUAGACGAGCGGAGAGGCCCGAACAGUCAACUGGGAAAAAGAAAUGAGGCCGGCAUUGAUAGCACCUACUCUAAGACACAUGGGCACAUUUCCUACUAAUAUGAAUCCGACGAAUUUAGUUGUUAACGGCACUCUAAAAGCCAUGAUUUAAAAGGAAAUCAACUGGAUGGAGGAUAGAUGACCAAACUUAACGUAGAAUUUAUGGCUAGACAAGAGAGUCCUUUACAUAGUUUAGAAUAUUCGGCGGGAAGGAUGCUUAAUUUCUUUGUGGGAAAUCAAACGUAUGGUACAAUGACAGGUAUUCCUUCUCCAAUACACGUUCAAAUAGACCGCUCAACUUUCAGGACAGAAAUGGUGGCUCUUUUGGACAUCGGGUUUUAAUCCAGUAUCUAAACGCUUUAUGCUGAGGGCCUAGAAAAUGAGGGCGGCAGUCAAGAAGUCAUUCAUUACUCCCUAAGUCGCAAGAAAGUAAGUGCAGACUCAUAUAGUAUGACGACCGUAAUUUGCUUAGGCAAUAUGGCAUUCACUUCUUGUUGAUACUUGCCUCUAUUGAACUAAUUUGAGGCGCAGUAAACCUCUAUUUUAAUAAGAAUCAAAUUCAUGUCUGUUUUCUAAAAGGAAAACGGACCGAAUGUGCGCGAAAUUGGACAUUCCCGACUAUUCACUUCAUCUCCUACGACAUUUAUCAUGCGUCAAAACCUAUUGUUUGUGCGUUUUGCGUACAACAACACCAAUCCGUACAGAAGGUUAACCCCAGAGGUGCAUUCGCUUAUACGACGAGGUUUUAUUAUUCAAAAAGCAGGAAGAACGUCCCAGGCUCACAGAGCGACCAAUCUAGCCCUCAGCAAUAGAGACCACAAAUAGCGAAGUCUUAAGCGAUAUUAACAAAAGUCCUUCCGUUUCGAUAUCGAAUGUCACCGUGAUUUUGCUGGAUAAUGCUUUUUCUGUCGCUCAGUGGAAUGAUUGUGGUUCAGCUUACGACUUAAACCUUAUGCUUGGACGAGAGACAACCUAGUCGCGUUCGGUCUAAGAAGAAUGUUGAGACCUCCAAACAACUCAAGCUGCAGCUCGAGAGAGAGCUUCAAGGUACAAUGGGACGAGUGGGAACAGUAACAAAAUCGUUGCGCGCCCCUCUACGAAUGAGGACAUCAAAUUUUUACGCGUAUUUCGAUUCAAAAUCGCAAACUGCCAGAGAGUCCAACAGGCUUCUCCAUCGUUCUUUCCUUCGCCCCCUCCACAUCCCCAUUUCCAAGAUUGUCUACAUAUGCAGGCCACAUUCCCAAUAUUUACAGUGAAUACUCUCAUAUACCUCAAAUUAUCUUAGUUCCGCAAAUAUUCUCAUGGUACACUUGAGAAGUCAAGUUGACAAACACGUGUUUUCGGUUAUUCUUCGUCAGGCCAGUACAGUUACAUGAAGGAAUGAAAAUUUACAGAAUUACCAGUGUUUAUAGGUGUCUCAAGGGCUAUUAACUCACUAACACUCAUCUUCCCCACGCCGCCCGCAUGACGAGGUCGGCGGGUUUUGGUCCUUAGAGUUAGGGGAGGAGAGUGCUCUUGGAUUGAAUACACAUAGUACCCAUCACUGUUAUUAGGAAUUUGAGGCGACAUGUGGUCAUCACUUGAGGGUGGCGUUGGCCACGGCAGAGAGAGCGCUUGUGUCAGGGUUUUCUGACGGCUUAACACCGGAUUCGCUAGCCGUAUAGCCACUGCCUCGGCCGUUGCUAGUAUCCGUUGGCGUAGCCCUUUAGAGAAGCUUGUUGGUGUCCGAUAGAAAACCUGAAAUACUUCCUUGACAUGGACUCGAUGAUCCGCAUCGAUUAAAUGUGCGAGAAUAGAACUCGAAAUCGGUCGGAUCUCACAUCUGUGUAACCAGGCGGACAUAUGUUUACGCACCCUCUUUACAAGACGUCUCGUUGUACGGCCGCUGUAUCCCGCUCCAUAGGAGUAAGUGAAUGAGUAGAUGCACAUUGAUGUGGCCUCCAACGGUAGUCUGUCUUUACCUCCCAAACAUAGGAGGGGAGAUUUUGUAAAACACAAGCGUAAAUUCGCCGCGGGAAUGCCCUCGUGAUAGCUGUAGUUAUUCGCCGUCUGACUAGUUCGCUCUCUGCGUCUCCUGCAAAAGGCAAUCUUAUGAGUACAUUUUUCAUUUCCACAUUCGCAACAGUGGGCUUUUCGGCGCGAUCCCCAAUAUUUCGGAGGAUAAAUCUAUCUGGGUACCCUAUCUCGCGAAGUGUGUUCCGCAGCUGUUGGAGCUCUGCUUCAACAGCUUCAGGUGAGCAGAUGCGCCUUACUCUAGUUGCCAAUCCCUGGACUAGAUUUCGUUUGAUGUUGAGGGGAACAAAACUGUGGAAAUUAAUGUAUUGACCCGUCCAGGUUUUCUUUCGGAACACCCUGCGCUGGAUAGACUCAUCCUCCUGCCUGUGUAGGGGGACGAUAUCUUCUGUCUAGCGGAUGGUACCACCAACAUCGAAGACCUUGUCCAAAAGUUAAACAGUGCGCAUCCAUCACUAAAGUUCACUGUCGAGUCUGACGCAGAUGACGAAAUUGCGUUUCUCGAUGUCCUCCUACACAGGCAGGAGGAUGGGUCUAUCCAGCGCAAGCAAUGUUCUAAAGAUCAGCCAAUAUACAAACUACCAAUCAGCGGCCUGAAGCAAUAACCAAUAGGCAACAUCUCUGGCACUUGUUCGCUGGAUAAAUUUGAGCAAUUCACUACUUGCAAAGGUUAACGCCCUGCAUAAACAUUGCCUGUGAAUGUCUAUCGACAUGAAUCAACAUUUAAAAGAAGGUAAGUUUGAAAGAGUUCUUUGUUUCCGAAGAGAAAAGACAAUUCUAUAUUCAUAUCUUGCAGUUAUUUUGUCGUAGUAACGUUUACUAAGCGGUCAUUUAGCACAUUUUACAUUAUGUUCGGCCGCUUUUACUCGAAAACGAGUUCAUUUGGGGAAUAUUAAACGGUCUAUUGUCUUAAUAAGCAUAAACGCUUUCUCUGCACACCUUGAUAGAUACGACAGUUAAAAGAUAUAAAUAUAAGACAGAGUCCCCGAGACAACCGCUACCUCGUAAUUAAAUUCAGGCUUCAUCUCGCUGACAGUGAGCAUAAUUCAUAGAUUUGUGGAGUUCGAUUCUUGUGUAAACUGUACCGUAUUUCUGCAGUGAUACUGAAAGAGGGGUGGUCGCAGACUGGUAUUAUUUGAUCGGACUAGGUCGUCAUAGUUUAAGUAGAAGUUCCCCUAAUGGGCAGCAGUUAUCGUUGGGUCGACCUAUUCAUAUGUGAGCGGCAAAGUAAAUGUAGAACGUAUUAUAGUUCGAACGUUGUGUUCGACGAUGUCCAACUUGUGCUUUACAGGAAGGUGAGGGAGGCACAGUGACUUACGUGGGGAUUAGUUUAUAGUGAGAGUAGACUUGUGCGCCACCUGCCGUACUCUCUCCGUCUCCGUCUCUUCACUGGAGCCCGGUGUCAAGACGCAGUCAAGAUGACCGGAAGUGAGGAAGGGCGCAGGUGACUGGCACGGCGAGACCCGCACCUAGGCGUACCGCCACAACCCCCGGUCCACAACAAACAUUUGACCAGGAUUUUCUCCAAAAAUGGCACCAUGACGGGUCAGAAAGACGAGCAUGACUAAGCAGACAUGCUUACAAGCUGUAUUCACGGGAGGGGACGGUCGCCGGCGCAUCUAGCGGUAGGGUUCCAGGCAUCAUGGAACUGCUAACGCAAACUAGACCGCGCUGGACUUGGUUUUCUGAUCCUGACAUAGCAGAGGCAUACAUUCCUUGAGGUCCACUAUGAACUUAUACUGUCGAACACUUUGCCAGUGGAAUCACAAGACCCAGACACCGCUGCUUACAUUUACUCAAGCAAAUCAGUGUUUAUAGUCAUACAGGGAUGCCAACAGUUUUGACACAAACUACGCGGAGAGACCAAAAGGACAAAUUUCACGUUUGAUCUUCGCGUUUGAUUAGUGUUUGUAUUAAGCAGUUUACCAAAUAUAAGGCAGAAGCGAAAAAUGCUUAUCAAACGAAGAAGACGCGAUCAAUGGAACAGGAAGUUACUUUGUCUGGCCUCUUGAAUUUUCCCACUCAUCAUCCUGAGACAGUUGCAAAUAAGGAGACAGAACUCGCCUCCUCUUUCCUAUCGGUAAAAACGACUGCAAUUCGGUAAUCGUGCCGGUCAGACGGGCUUUAGGCAAUUUAAAACCUUCUUAAACAUUUUUGGCAAUAAGGCUUUUGGCAUUAAACGGACCAACGGGACAUACGUCAUGAAAACAUCAAUAUUCCUGAUGAUUCUACAAAUCGAAUGCAACUUUGAUGUAAGUGUAGUGGCCAGGACUGGAGGUGACUACGCAGGGCUCUGUACGACGGCGCCAUAUCGAUAAAACGAUUAACCGAGUUCUCAUCGGAGGCCCAGGCUUCAGCCAAUUCUCGGCAUAUUUUGUUUCCGACUUGAUCGACUAUUUUGUCACUGCGAGAUUAGACUCGUGAUCUAUUUCGUAGGUGGGGGCGGCCACUUAUGAUAAUGCGUCGCCUCGUCGCACAGCCAGCUUAUGUUCGUGUAUGCGGGAUCCGAGCAUGCGCACAGUCACCUCCAGGCCGGCGCCGUCGGUCGAUAAUUGGCCUACAUGCCCCAUAACUGUCGCUUGUUCUGUUGCUGCUACUACCUCUGACGAUGGACUCCUGUACGAGUCUGAAAGCUGAGGACAAUAAACAAAGUGCUCUGGUGCUCUACUCUUCUUCUUCGCUUAAGCAUGCACCUGGAACUCGAGAUUUCAUCUUCAUUCGUGAAACAUCAACAUUCCUGAUGUUUCCACUAAGCAGAUGCAAAUGUGAUGUGAGUGUAGUGGCCAUCAGUGUUCCACGAAGAGACCCUUCUAUCCAAUUGCAAGCGCAUCUUGUGCUCCAGAGCCUUAUCUCACCAUUCGUCAAUCCUUCUUUCUAGGAGAUCCCGAGCCCACCGUUAAUCCGGAAAAUAUCACACUCUAUGAGAUGCACUUCUGCCCCUUCUGCCAACGCGUUCGAUACACUCUGGAUUAUCAUCAAAUACCGUAAGAAACUUUACCAAAAUUGUUGAGUCCAAUUCUAAUAAUCUCCAAUGUACACAAUUUAUAUUGAUCCAACUGUGGAAAACGCGUCUUCUCGGUGGGAUUCGAACCCACGCAGUAAGGGGGUGGCUUUAGUACAGUCAGCGCGCUAACCACAUAAGCUACGAGUUGGGUCAAUAUGAAUUAUUCAAAUUCAGCCAAAACAUCUAUAAAUUACGUGAGCCUGGUAGUCAUCUGGUGGACUCUAGGUGAAUUACUUGGGAAAUCCUGCUUGGGCAGUCAACUUACCGUAUCAGAUUUGGUGGAUUCCAGAAGUUGCGGUAGGUUGGGCGGGUACCGUGACCCAAAUGUGAUAAAACUCGCGUCGUCCGGCGGGGCCUCGUAGCUCAAGUGGUUAGAGCGUUGGCUGCGCUAAAGCCUUCCCCUUACUGCGUGAGUUCGAAUACCUCUGAGGCGCCGAGUUUGCGUCUGCACUAACAUGUUCUUCAGACUCUACAAAAAUUAUUUAUGUAAGUACAGUAGGUGAACUAACCCAUGAAAUGUCAAUCGAAACUGCGAAAGGCGUUCUCGUUUCGAAAAUAUUAAUUAAGUAGUGUUGCAAAACUAAUAAUUGUGCGGCAUUAUUCUAUAAUAAUCUAGUUACCUCAGGAGGCCUUCUUUUGAACGAACUUUACUCUGCAAAAAAAUGUCUACUCAUGUGGCAUGCAAUUUCCUCAUUGAUUUUCGAUGUCCUUUAAAAUUCAAUUAUAUUUCAUGAAAAAAUGCACAAAAUAUGCACUCUUCUAUUAAUUUUGUUAAAAAUAACGUAUUAUUUCAAGAUCACACUCGAAGAAGGAGUAUAAUUUGGUUUCAAUGAAGUCUCUAAUUGUAAACCUUUUAAAACCACGAAAUGGCCUUCCACAAAACAUCGUGUAUCUGAAUUUGCCAAUGUGGCUUCUAAAGUUAACAAUAUUGCUCAAAUCCACUGCUUAAUUUCAUAAACCCCAUAUAAUCUUCUCUUAGUACAGUAGACAAAAGUAUGGUUUUCCGUACACGGAAAAUAUGCGGCAUGUAGUUUUGAAACCCUGAAUGCAAGUAUAACAGCAGGCCGAGUUCAAAAUUAUUCGAGAACAAGAAAAGUUUUUAAAACCAAAGUAUACUCUUCUUUUGAGUAUAAAAUUGGAAGGGGAUGUGUUUUUCUACCGCAUAAGUAAGUGAAUGCAUAUUUUUAUGCAUGUUUUUUCAAGAAAUAUAAAUGAAUUUUCAAGGGCAUCUAAAAACGAUGAGAAAAUUGAAUACAAUUUAAGUAUUCAUUUUUUGCAGAACACGGUUUUAACAUGCAAUCGGAAAUAAGUUCAUUUGAAAGCCGGCACAUUGAGGCAACUGGAUUAUUAUAGAAUUCUGCCGCAUAUUGAUUAGUUUUAAACACUACUUAAUUAAUCUUUGCGAAACGAGACCGCAUUUUGGAAUUUCGGUUGAGAUUUUAUGAGUAAGCCUACCUACUGUAAUUGUUUGUUUUUUCUGUAUCCCGAGGUUGCGUGUCCAUAAAACUGUUUGCUUAAUAGAACAUACUGUGAUUGUUCACUACCAGAUAUGACCGCAUAUUAAUCAACUUGAGCUCAAAGCCCAGUUGGUAUCUGCGGCUGAAUCCGUCGGGGAAGGUCCCGUUGCUGCUGCAUCGAGGUGAGAAAAUGGUUGAGUCGGAUGUUAUCAUGAAGUAUGUCGACCAAAUCAAGGGCCCCGAAACUUCUCUACUGAGCAUUUGCGGCGAGGAAGGUUUUAAGGAGUCGUUGGACUUAUCGUCUGCCGUGAGUCUAAUGACCUUAGCAUAGUCCAUGUAUGUUAUUUUACGUUUUUCGAUCGUUAGAGUUAAAAUAAUUUAUGUCAUAUUACGUGAACCCGGUAGAUAUCUGGUGGACUCUAGGUUAAUUAACUAGGAAAUCCUGCUUGGGCAGUCAACUUACUGUAUCAUAUUUGUUGGAUUCCAGACGUUGCCGUCAGGGCCUCGUAGCUCAAGUGGUUAGAGCGUUAACUGCGUGGGUUCGAAUCCCACUGAUGCGCCUAGUUUUCAUAUUUGGGUCAAAUAUGAAGUAUUUCCUUUCAGCUUAGUUUCCUUUUAGUUUUUGAAUAGUCGCCGUUAUCGUCGUUAUCACAAUAAGCUACAACAUCAACAGAAACAUUGCUCGCAUAGAUGAUAGUAAUAACAGUAUUAGUGAUUAUUUCUACCUCUGCACAUAAACAAUCACUAUAGUUAUGACCGAAAGCAAGAUAAAAAUGAUUACCGCGGUCGCAAUCAUCUUCUGUAAUGAGGACCUUUGUGCGGGCCAAUGAGAAACCUGAGCUCGUCGAUGCGCCUAAUAGAUCGAGGAUUAUCAGAUAAAUGACCUUGUGAACUUAGAAAGAUUGGUUGCAGAACAUACACGGAUUGCAACUCUUAAUUGCCUGUUUGGAUUGGCUUUUACUAGCAUAUCCAGUAAAUGUCAGCCGUGGCAAUAAGAAGUGCGAUUUCAAAGGCCAACGCUUGGAGACUUACAGAAGUUUAUUUCAUCUUUCUGCUGUCUUUGGACCCCCACGUUCAUUUUGCAGUUCAUGGCCAACAUAAGGUUAGUUGUAAGCAUGCAUGACGUUUUUCGAUCAGUCAAAGGGUGCCGAAGACCCUUUUCUUUGUGUUUAUGGUGAGGAGGUCCUUGAAGUUAUUUUGAAAUGGCCAAUGUCCGUAAGGUACCUGAUUAUUGCAGUGCUUGUUUAUGGUAUUUCACGUGGAGUAAUGUGCGAUUGUCUCCUGUUUGAAGUGACUUUAAAUUGUCUCUCGUACUCUCAUUUUUGUAUGCACACACUCGUCAUCUUAUUCACCCCAAGCAAUAAUAGUAAUGUUAAUAAAACUGAUCAUAAUCUUUACUUCUACCACGCCAGUACCACGACAAUGACAACUGUAGUUUAUAUUAUCUUCCGCGGUGAUGGCGCUAAAACAUGCAAGUCAAUAAUUUUCAUCCGCAAAACCACCACAAGAUCCUGGAUUACGGAAGAAGUUGAUUGGGCAGAUUUUUGCAAAUCAGACACAGCAACUGGUAACAACUCCAGCUAACGACACUCUGGUCAUUCGUCAGACACUCGCGGCGGAGACCGUUUGCACUUCCAUCCGCGAAGAAAUACUUUAAAAAAGUCUUUCUGCGAAAGUACCGACUGAAGCUUGUAGUUUGAACUGGAAAAUUGUCUGCGAAAGAUAACUCCUAAUGGUACUUGAAUUCACCUGCGCUGGGAGUUAAAGAUGUCUGGGUUAUUUACAAAUAUCUAAGUUUAUCGCCAGGGCGUUCACCCUGUCAUGGUACUUCAUGGUUCAGCAGGCUACCAUGUAGCAUUUACCAAUGCGAUUAAGCUUUCAUGGAAUUGCACUGUUACAUAAAACUGCCAUUAAGCGCAUAGAUAAAUCUAAUCGACAUUCUGCCCACGCACGCCAUUCAGAUUAUUGGUCCCCGCGUCAGACUGUGCUUCUCAGCCGAGGCCACCAAGACUGACGCGGAUGCCUUCAAGGUCGCUCUGUCAAAUCUGGACAAAGCUAUUAAGGGUUCCUACCUCCUUGGUGCGUCCGUCUUCUUUCUAUUCGGUACUGUUUUGUGUCGAAACAAAUGUGCUUACUCUCUUUAUUUGUCGAUAGCUUUUGCACUAUGCGACCUGAUCAUAAAAUAGUUACUAGUUUGUUAUCUAGAAUUGCCAUCUUGUUGUCUUUAAGUGACACUCUAGGUGCUCAGUUAUAAAUACUCUCCAUUCCGUUGCCCAAGACGACUUUUGUGGAUACAACUGCAUCCCUAAAAAGCCUUUAAACAUAGAUUAUAUUACAGAUAUACGACACGUUCCAUCCGGAAACAUAGUCCAGGAUUUUGCCUAAGCAUUUGUGAUCUGUACAGUUUUUGUGUUUUGCCUAUUUUCCAUGGUGUUUACUUUAUUUGUUCAACUCGCAUUCAUUCUAUAUCCUAUUCUGCAGUCCAAUUGGGACGGCGUAUUUUAUGACAAAAAGGAAUGUCAACAGGUCUGACAGUUUUAAAUUUUUUUGCAAAGGUGAGAAAUUGAGUCUGGCUGAUUUGGCUCUGAUUCCUUUCAUCACUGCAUGGGGCUUCGUCAUGAACCGAUUGCUCAUUGUGGACGACGCCUCCGGUGCGGGUGUCGAGACUGUCGCAUCUCAGUGGCCCAACGUGCUGAAGUAUCGUCAACUCAUGAACCAGAAGCCUUACAUCAUGAAGACCACCUUCUCGGAUGAUGAAUUUGCUAGCUUCGCCGAUGCGUACGGCUUGAAGAAGCCGGCUGCAAACUCCUAG